CGUUCUUUUGUUUACCUUUUUGUUCUUCCAUCAUCAUCAUCAUCUCCAGAGCUCCAAUUCAUUGCUGCAUUAAAUCCGCUAGCUUUAUAAACAAAAAAAUACAAUCGCAAUAUUCCCAAUCAAGAACUCUCUUUCCUGCUUAGGCCAAGCUUGCAUCUCACGCUGCGUUCGCAUCUCAACCAUGUCUGCUCCAGAGGGAAACGUCAAUCUCCAGACAAUGACCGUCACAGAGCCUGAGCGCUCGUAUGAUGCACAGCCAAAGUCACAUCCUGCAAUGGAUCCUCAACAGCCCCAUCCCGACACACCCGAAGACGUCAACAUGCGUGGAGGCGAUCGAGGCGGCUGCUGCCCCGGCCGAUUCUGCUUCAUCAUACCCUGCCCGAUUCCGAUUGAUUGCUGCAUCAUCUAAUGCCCGUGCGUAAUGGCGGAUGAUGAGCUUCUGACCCCGGAAGCCAUAGGUUUGCGACCAUGUGCGAGAGUCGAACCACGGAAUUGUACUGCGCAAAGCCGGUUUGCUUUUUAAGUUGCUUUGAUGGAUGCACGAAAGUUGCAAGAGAGCGGAAUAAUAUGGGAACUACGUCGAUUGGUUUUAACCUUGGAAAUUGCGGCUAUAAGAAGAGAUUAGAUCCUUAAUGCCAUGCUACCAGAUAAUGAUAAUGACGAUUGAGGCGGGGAAUUCAAGAAGGAAUAAAAACGAAAUAAAUUGAAGAUUAAAAAAAAGUGCUGGGAGUGUAUACGUCGAAAUGACACUGCUCUACAAUAGACGAGAAUAGAUGUUUUGCAAUAUGUGCAUAGCUG